CCGCCAAUCACCCGUAGUCACAAAAAGCCGCAUUGAUCGUUGACAAGUCCUCGAAAGAUGUCGACGCCAUCGUUCCUGCUGUCGGUACUGCUUCUUGCAGCAACAGCAACGGCAGCCACCGCCGGAAGCCCCACCGCGUUGCCGGGAUGCCAGGGGAGCUGCGGAGGCGUGGACAUCCCGUACCCAUUCGGCAUCGGCACCAGCUGCUUCCGCAAAGACUUCGAGAUCUCAUGCAUCAACAACGGCAGCGCCGGCGACGUGCCGGUGCUGGCAACGGCGGACAACCGUGCCGUCCAGGUGCUGAACUUGUCUGUAGCGCCGUGGCCGGAGGCCCGGGUGCUGCUGCCGGUGGCGUGGCAGUGUUUCAGCCCUAACGGAACCAGCACCGGGAGUUUCUCCGGUGAGGUCGACUUCAACCCACGGAGCGUAUACCGUAUCUCCGACACCCAGAACGAGCUCUUCGUCCUCGGUUGCAACACCUUCAUCUACAACAAAGCCGGCAACGGGGAGGGCGGCCGCUACAGAUACGCCUACUACACCGGGUGCGUGGCCUACAGCAACGACUCGGGGGACCCGCGCGACGGCGCGUGCGCCGGCAUCGGCUGCUGCCACGUCGACAUCCCGCCGGGCCUCACCGACAACUCCAUGUCCAUGAGGUAUGACAAUGACAGCUGGCCUCACGUCAACCAGGAGUACUGCCCCUGUGACUACGCCUUCAUCGUGGAGAAGGGCAGCUACACCUUCCGGGCGUCCGACCUGACGAGCAUGCCGCGUGACCAGACCAUGCCUCUGGUCCUGGACUGGGCCAUCCGCGACAACGGCUCCGUGCCCAUGUCCUGCGAACAGGCGGCGAGGAGCCCCACCGGCGGCGGCGGCUACGCCUGUGUCAGCGACCACAGCGAGUGCGUCAACUCAGCCAAUGGUGGGUACGUCUGCAACUGCACCAAAGGCUACGAGGGGAACCCCUACGUCAGGGGUGGAUGCACCAUCACAGCUGGAGCACCGUAGACGCUGAAACUGGAGAAGAAGCCGAAGGUACAAGCUGAUGGACUAACAUCACCCUGCAGUUAGAAUGUUGGCGCGAUGUGGAUGCUACGACUGCAGAGAAAACCGGCAAGUAACUCAUGCAGAUGAUAGCCCUUUUUGCCGAUAUCGAGGUAGCCAAGAUGAGGCUAAAUAGCCGUGGUCGAGGAUGCCAUGCAUAGGGUAGCUGUUUAGCUGUCGAGGUUGCCGAAGAUGAGGGAUCUGCACAUGAAGCCACGAGCGCACGAGGAGGCGCCAUGAGGAUGGUGGUGCAUAGGGAAAGAUGCCAAAUAAGAAGACGGUGACACGUCGAGGUAGUCGUAGAGGUAGAAGGUCGAUGCCGAGGUUGAUGCAGUCAAGUCGCUAUAGUCGAGACAUCUCUAGGUUCCCUAGACCCAAGGAUGCAUUGGGGAAAAAGCUAGGUACACAUCAGUGUUACCAAUACUGAACGUGCAAGGUAGAGGGACAAUUGUGUGCUAGCUUCUGAGGGAAUAGCAGAGGAGGCCUCUAGGAUGGUUCCAAGCACAAAAUGACGUGGGGGUAGCAGGUGUCGAUGCAGCCCGUGGUCGGAGUAGACGAAGUUGGGGGGCAGAGACGACAAUGCGCAUGACGAGUCUAUGCUGGACAAAGAGAGAAGGUAGACCCAAAUGAUCUAGCGCAAGGCCUAAUGAUCUGGAUGAUGCGGCAGCAGAGCUUGAAGGAGGUGGCGAAGAACUUGAACAGCUUGAGGAAGACCAUGCACGCCCAAUGACGUAGUCAUGGAUGAGGUCAUAGAUGCUAUCAAAGAAGAUGACAUAGACGUGGUCAAGGACGUAGUCAACGGUGAUGCAGAUGCAACAGCGGGAAGGACCAGGGAGGGCGGCGCUACUGCUCGAAGAAGCGACACACUCGCAACCCUCAUGUCAGUGGUGGUGCACCCACAGGAAGUGGUUGCGGCAAGUUGGGACGAUCGACGUGGAGACCAUGUGGUGGAGGGGCCUGAUGACGUUGCGGGAGGGGCCCCUACAUGCACCAUACGCCAACCCGGGCCACACGGGUGUUGGAGAAGGAUUGCCGGUGACGAUGUCGAGGAAGAGACAUGCGAAGUCGACGUGCGGUGGGUGCCACGGGAGUACAACCCCUCCAAGGGUGCGCACGCAGCAUAGCCCUUGGGCGGGGUGUCUCCGAUGAUAGCGGCAGAAGGCCCCACGACAGCGGCAUGCAGGGCAGGGUCCCCUCGAUAACAUCGGUAGAGGGCUUCCUGGCGGCGGCAGACCCAUCAACGAAGGUUGCUGGAUGAGCAAGUGGCACCCAAAUUUGCGGGCCCCCAGGCGGCGGAGGCCCCCGACGGUGCCUUCAGUAACCACUCCGAUUUGCUGUUGCUGCUUGAAGACGAUUAUGCGGCGAGAUCAACUGGAUCAGCCGUGAAGCCUCGAGGUGCUGCCUGGAUGUGGCUGCUAGGGUUUGUCACCAAGGAACAUAACCUGAACUCAUGAAAUAUGUAGGAAGAAUACAUUGUGUAUAAUGGAUGGAUUGUAUUGCACUGACGUCUCAGCCAAUAUAUAUAGAGUACAGAGACUUUGCCUCAUAUA